AUGGCAUCCAAAGCUAUCCCUUCGCUUCGGACUACGGUUCGACCUCUACAACGCACCGCGCAACCCAUACAAAUCCGAUCGCUCUUCGGCUUUCCGUCCCCGUUCGUAUCGUCAUCGUCGUCGUCUUCAACCGGCGCAGCUUCGCUCGCAAAAGGGACUUUGACCAAGAGUGGCUCGCUUUCCAUCUAUGAGGAGUCUCGGGAAAUGGGGUGCGUCUCACUGCUGCGUGCACAAGCUCUAGCGAACCCGUCCAGACCUUGCUUCGUUCGAGGCCGCUCGGCACCGUCGCCAGUCUCCUUCAUCGGGCGCUGACGUCGCGGAUGACCGAAACCGAAUCUGCCGCCGCUAUCUCGUAAAUCAGGUAUGACCCCCAACAGCUCUAUUCGAUCAUCGCCGAUGUCGAUGCCUACAAGUCAUUUCUUCCUUUCACGACCGAGUCCCGCAUCUUGUCCGCUUCAAUUACCCCACCCCCGAGCUCGAAUCUCGGCGCGCAGGCUCGUCCUGUCGAGACUAAGGAAUGGCUUCGAGGCGGUGAGCCUGGGGAGGUGUGGGACCUUCAAGGCGAGCUACAGGUUGGCGCAAUGGGGUACCAAGAGGCUUAUGUUUCGCAUAUCAGAGCGAAGAAGUGGAAUUUGGUCUCUGUACGUUCUUGGUCCUGAACAUGGCGAAGAAUAUGUCCGAUCGGACCGAGACAUUUACCGCAACGAAACCCUCCGACCGACUUGAUUAGGCCACCGCAAACAACUCGAACAUCUUCAAGCACUUGGAAACAGAAUGGUCUCUCACACCGCUACCGACUCGAAGAGAUGUGCCUCGAACCAAGGUCGAUCUUUACAUUGCCUACUCGUUCAUCUCGCCCUUCCACGCCGCUGCAGUCAGCGCGCUAUGGGAGAAGGUCAGUGGUCUGAUGAUUGAUGGGUUCGAGAAGAGGGUCAAGACCGUAUACGGCCCGAGUCGACCGGCUUGA